AACAACAAGUAAUUAUUUUUGAAAAAAAUAUAUUUUUAUAUAUUCUCAUCAAUUAAUAUUCUUUUUAUUAUUUUUUUUCAAUCAACAAAUAAUUUUAUAAGCAAUUUUUUCUUUAAUUUUCGAAAUAUUGUUAUAAAUGAAUUUGCUUCCCUUUUGAUACAAUAUUGCUUCAAUUAUCAGUAUUAUUACUUGUAGCUUUUUACAGAAAUCAAAUAAUUAAUUGAAAAAUCUGCCAGGUGUUUAUAUUGGUUAAGAACGCAGUGUUCUCGAAAAAUUGCAAGAUCUUCGCAAACAAUUUACCGAUCAUUUGACUUUCUAUUAAUUUUAACAAAAGUCUCGCGGCAAAAUUUCCAUUCUUGCUGAAGAAGUCAUUUUUCAAUCAGUUCGUCAUAUUAAAUAUAUAUUUUUGACGAUACAUACAAAAAACAUUUAUUCAAAGUUUAUAAACUUAUUUCGAUUCCAUUCUAUAAAUCUAUUUAUUUCAAUUUUUUUAUUAUCGAUCGAUUUGCGAUUCAGUAGAAGGAAUUAAAAGUAUUAUAAGUGAAACAACGUAAAUUCUUAUCAUUGUCAAAAUUCUUGAAAAAUGUAAUUAAAUUUUUCGUUCUAUCAAUUUUCUUAUAAUAUUAUAUUAUAAUUUGCAUUGAUUAAUUCUUAAUUAAUCAAUCAAAUAUUGAUUCAUCUAUGAUCUGUAUCAUAUAUAUUAUAUGUAUAUAUUUCAGAAAUGUAUUAGUCUGAAUAGUUAUUAAUAAAUAAUAAUUAUAUUUCAAUAUUUAUUUUUUUAAUGAAAUAAUAUGAAUAAUAUAGCGAAAUAAUCAAAUUUUGUACAAUUCAUGUAACGAUAUAGAUUAAUAUCAAUUUUAACUUUCACAUGAAAUAACACGAGUCCAAAUUGACCCAACUUUGCCAGCUGACGGUGAAUACAGAUGUCGUAUAAUAUUCAAGUAACAUACUUUUACUCCUCGAUCAUUUAGUUUCAUAAAAAAUUUCAUUUUUAAUUUGCAAAUACGAAAUUCACAUUGUUUAUAAUUUGUAUAAUAUGUAAUAAUUAUCACGUAUAAAUAUUUUUCCAAUUUUUUUUCGUAAAAAGUUAUAAAGAAUAAUUUAAAACACAAGAAUAAAUCAAUAAAGAUGUUUUAUAAAUAUAGAAAUGGGGAAAAUUCAGACAGUCAUGGAAAAUUUAAAACGAUAGAAAAAUGUGGGAAAUAAAAAUAUUUGAUAUUUUUAACAUUGGAAAGAAUGACGCAUGCGAUCGGUUCCCGAAUCGGCAAGCUACGUCACUGGGUUGUAUAGUUCACACCUGUUGCCCUGAAUAGAACACGCGAGUGAUACGUCACUGGCCGUAAACUGGUGGCACGGCUCACCUGUUGGCCUGAACAGUGCUUGGCUGGGUUGUUGAGCGUGCGGUUCCUUUCGCCCGCCACUGCUUCGCGAUCACUUGGUUAUCGUGUCUCCGCGCUCUUUGGAUGCGUGUUUCCACGAUACCUUUCCGUAAAUCGGUAUCGACUCGACUUCACGGUGUCGUUCGAGGUCGAUUAAAUUUCGCUUUGCGCUUGAAAAAAUUCGCCAACCACCCGCUUUUCUCGAUGAAUAAAACAAGGGUGAGAACAUGAAUCGUGAGUGAGAAUCGACGACGCCCACAAAACGGAAACCGCGUCACCUGUAGAAGGGAGGAAAGCGAAAAGGGAAGAAGGACAACACCACUUUCUACGGAUUCUUGAACGCCGUGAAUUCGCGUCCAGCCGGAUUGUAUGCAAAUAUCCGAGGAAAUAUCCGUAUCUUGCCUCUGUCUCUCUGACCCCACUAGCCUCCGCUCCCGGCUAUCGUGUCGUUAUUUACGCUGCUGACUAACCUACCCGUGGAAGAAGUCCACUCCGACCGAUCGUGCAUACCGCACGAUCGUUUCGCAGACAGACACGGAGUCCUCAACGAAGGAGCAAUAUCAGUAUGAAAAGAAAAAUUCGGACACAACGAUGCACGUAAACGGGCAUACGACACACAACGCGAAACAAGAAAUGAACGAGAUGUUGGAGUGCGAGACCGGAUCCCUGUUGGGCCGAGUCGCGGAUCUCGAGAGGCAAUCCUUGGCGCAAAGGGACGAGAUAGUUUGUCUUCGCGCUACUCUCGCGGACGCGUUAAGGCGGAUCGCACUGUUGGAAGGACGCGAAAAAAGGGAGGAUGAGAGGAACGAGAGGAGAAACGAGAGAAUGGUGUCCUCGCCCUUAAGAAACGGGCACGUAUCGCUUAGGAGUAAUCAAAAUUCAACACCAGCGAAAGAUGUACGUUUACGUCAAACUGGUUGCUUGAGGAAUUCAUCAUCCUCGGGAUCUUCUCAAGAUGUUCGAGAUUCGAUUUCCAGUCCACGGAGGCCAGUCAGUUACACUCAUUCCUCUCAACUUCCUCAAAGAAGGUCAGUUCAUUAUCAAUCGACGGGUUCUUUACAUUCGGACAGUCCCAGUAGUAGUAGUGUUUCCCCGGUGCCAUCGCCAAGUCCUAGAGCCACACCACUGCCAGUAGCCAGAUCACCGACAGCAAGAUCAAACGGGCCACCCCAAAGCAGCUUAAGAAGGGCGAAACGGUGGUCGUCCACAGGGGAUUUUACGCAUUCCCCGCAAAAUCAGGGAAGCAAUUCGCAACUCGUGGGUGGCAGAUUGUCAGCCUCCACCAAGUCUCUGUUCAACCUCUUCAAGCCCCCGGCGCUGAACAACGUGAAACAUGGCACGAGAGACAUGCAGUACAACGAGGAGGAGAAUACCGUCCGUAUGUACCUGCGGGGACGACCUGUUGUCCUCUACGUUCCGACGCUUUUGACGGAGUCGUACGACCUUCACAAAGUCAGCACACCGCCCCAGAGCAAAUUGAAACUCGACUGGGUGUAUGGUUACCGAGGCAGGGAUUGUCGAAGCAAUUUGCAUCUACUACCCACCGGUGAAAUCGUUUAUUUCGUCGCAGCUGUGGUGGUAUUGUACAACAUGGAGGAGCACAGCCAGAGGCAUUACCUGGGUCAUACGGACGAUAUCAAAUGCAUAGCCAUUCAUCCGAACAAAAUGGUAGUCGCCACUGGUCAAGUAUGUGGGACCGAUAGGCGAGAUGCCAUGCCACACAUAAGGAUAUGGAAUUCGGUCAGUUUGGCAACUCUUUGCGUGAUUGGUAACGGCGAAUUCGAUGGUUCGAUUUGUUGCCUCUCGUUCUCGAAGGCAGACGGUGGAAAUUACUUGUGUGCGAUCGACGAGACCUCUGAUCACAAUAUCUCGAUCUGGGAUUGGCAGAAAGGAGAACGAGGUACCAAGAUAACUGAAACAAAGUGCUCAGUGGACACGGUGGUAUGCGCGGAGUGGCAUCCGCUGGAACGGAACCAGAUCGUGUCCUGUGGGAAAGGACACCUGUCUUUUUGGUCCCUCGAUAAUGGUGGUAUGCUGUACAAGCGGAUGGGGAUUUUCGAGAGCAGAGAAAAACCAAGAUACGUCACCUGUGUAGCGUUUAAUCAAAACGGUGAUGUUCUUACCGGUGAUAGCAACGGUAACAUCAUUGUUUGGGGCAGAGGAACAAACACAAUUUCUAAAAUAGUGAGGAACGUUCACGAAGGAUCGAUAUUUUCAAUUUGUGUUCUGAAAGAUGGUUUUAUCGUCACCGGUGGUGGCAAAGAUGGCAAAAUUUUGUAUUUCGACGAAUCUUUAAACUUAACAGGAGAAGAAGCACAAAUUGAAGAUCAUUUCGGUGGAAUUCGAACACUCGCGGAAGGCAGAGGUUCGCAAUUGCUGAUAGGAACAACGAGGAAUUGCAUUUUAGUCGGUGAUGUAGGAAUGGGAUUCAAUCCAGCCAUGUUAGGUCACGCUGAAGAGGUUUGGGGGCUCGCUGCUCAUCCAACUCUACCUCAAUUUGCAACAGCAGGUCACGAUAGAUUAUUACAAAUGUGGGAUAGUCUCAGUCACACUGUUGUUUGGAGUAAAGAUAUUGGGGAACAAGCACAGAGCAUCGGAUUCUCACCAGAUGGUAAUGUUAUGGUGGUCGGAUGCACUUCUGGAAAAUGGUUAGCAAUCGAUAGUGAAACGCGAGAAUUAUAUACUCAUCAUAGUGAUGGUUCAGAACCUAUUCAGGUCGUUCGAUUUUCACCAGAUGGUACUCUAUUAGCAUUGGGUUCCAGAGAUAACUAUAUUUAUAUUUAUCAAGUUAAUGAAGAUGCUAUUAAAUAUAGUCGAGUUGGACGAUGUAUGGGACAUUCCAGUUUUAUAACUCAUUUGGACUGGUCAGCAGAUGGUCAAUAUUUACGUAGCAAUAGCGGCGAUUAUGAGGUAUUAUAUUGGAAUCCCGGAGUCUGUCGUCAGAUUCCACAAUCAUCGAUAAUGAGGGACAUGGAAUGGGCAAGUCAUACCUGUGUAAUAUCAUUCGAAACGAUUGGAAUAUGGCCCGAAGGUGCCGAUGGUACAGACGUAAAUAAUUGCACGCGAAGCAGUGAUUCGAAAUUGCUCGCAACCGGAGAUGAUUUCGGAAAAGUAAAGUUAUUCUCUUAUCCUGCUUGUCAACCAAAGUCUUUAUGUCACGCAUACGGUGGUCAUUCAAGUCACGUUACGAACGUUUCGUUCCUUCAAGACGACACUCGACUAAUUUCCACAGGUGGAAGUGAUACAAGCGUUCUUCAAUGGAUCGUAAACUAUUAAUUCUAUUAUAUAAUUAUAUAACUGAAAAACAAAA